AUGGACUGCAGCAGCUCACAGAAUAGUGACAAGCUCUGUGGGGCCUUUGACAACAAGAAACAAAGCAGAAUACAACUCACUCAAAGCAGACAUUUUUGUGGAUAUGAUAAAGCUGAUGAGCUCACCACACUAGGGUUAUUUUCACAAGCAGAGAAUUCUAAAGGAGUUGAUAUUCCUCACCUCGCUGAAGCUGUGAAUCAUGGAUGUGUGGAUGCAAUGAGCUUAGUGGUUGAGGCCAGCAGGAUAGUCAAAGAACAAUGGAAGGGUGACAGCUGUAGAACAUUUGAUGUAAAAAAACUGGUAACAUGCACUCUAGCAGGCUGGUCAGAUGACCAUUCAUGUGUUUUACCAGGUUGCGUUAAAUAAAUCCCUAUUCUGCUUUCUGCAGAGCAGUCUUCCCUUGUUCAUCACAUGAAAGAGCAGAGGUGGCAAGUUGUUCUCAUUAAUAGAGAUCUCUGUGAAAAAUACCGCCAUCUUGGUUUCAAUAAUAAAACUGACAUCAGCCAUAUGAUUGACAAGUUGGACUUGAACAGUCUCAGCAAAGAAGAUGAUUGGCAAAACAAAGUAACAACUCUGUUGAAAAACAAUGUGAAUCUAGUUUUGGUCAAUGGUGAGGCAAGUGAAAGACUAACCCAGCACUGCUUAAGACACUGUAUACUUGUGGUUGACAGGGUGAAGCCUGCCAUUUUGAAGGACUUUUCAGAAACAACAGGAGCUGUCCCUGUCACCUAUGCCACACAACUGAGUAAGCACUGCGUCGGCACCGAAGUAGAAGUCUCCAUGUGGAGAGACUGCAGUGGCAAUGGAAGGAGAGCAUCAAUGGCUGUGAACAUUUUUGCUGAUUGCAAUGCGCUGGUCACAGUGGUCCUCACAAGCUCUGUGCACGGCAAGCUGCAGGCCUUGACUGGUUCUGGCAUUGUGAAUAUCGUCUAUACACCACACAAUGAAAGACAGGAAUCUUCUCCGGAAUCUUGCGUCUAUCACCUUCAAAAACACAUUGAAGAUAAUGAUAUGAAGCACAGUGCUGGGAAAGUCUAUGACAAUGUGACGUUGAAGUUGGAAGCAUGGAGGAAAGCCCUGGAUUUUGUCUUCCUUGUGUUGCAGACAGAGAUCAUUACUGGGGGGAACACACAAAUCUCCAUUCAAACUACCUUCGAAUAUCAACUCUUAGGCUUUCUUAUUAAAGGAACAAGAAGAGGCCAGAGAGGGGUGGACCUUGCCGUCAAGGAAAACAAGCACCUUUCCAAGUGUUGUUCGCGCUUCAUUUCCUCUCGGCUUGGGAGUAGAGGGCAUGCUGCACCAGAGGGGGGGGGUUCUCAAACAAACUAUCUGACCCUGGUGGUUAACUAAAAUCAGGCUCUGUGAGGCUUACUGGAGGAGGGAGGGAACAGCAGUUAGCGUGAGGCCACCGCGGGGCUGCUGCACUGCGAACACACAGCAGCAGCAGGGAAAAAGGGAAGAGAUGGCCACAGGAGAAAUCACCACUCUACCCGCCACACCUGAAGAUGGAGGCAGUGGCGGCUUCCCUCCAGGAAACUUUAAGGAUCCCAAGAGGCUGUACUGUAAAAACGGGGGCUACUUCUU